UCAUCGGUGACACAGACAUAAUACUAGUAUUAUUUUCAAACCAGCAAAGACAUAAUUCUAGUCAAACACAGAGAACAACAAAAAAAAAAAACGCAAAGACAAAGGGGAGAGAAGUUUAUAUUUUCGGCUCGCGAUCGUCAAUUCGAUUCCGUCCUGUUCGUUUCAAGCAUUUUCGUCUUCGGUUUAAUCAUGACAACCUCAAAGAGACUCGCAGACAGGAAGAUUGAGAAAUUCGACAAGAACAUAUUAAAAAGAGGUUUCGUUCCUGAGACCACCACCAAGAAGGGCAAGGACUACCCUGUUGGCCCCAUCCUUCUCGGCUUCUUCGUCUUCGUUGUCAUCGGUUCUUCUCUCUUCCAGAUCAUCAGGACUGCAACUAGCGGAGGCAUGGCUUAAAACCAAAUCACAUUCAAGGCUGGAGGAAGCAAUUCUUGAAAUGAAUAUCUCUUCUUCUCUUCUGCCUUAUCUCUUUUUUCCCUUAUACUGUAGAAUCUGUUAACUUUCUGUUUAUUACUACUACAUGUUAUGAAGAAUUUUGAGUCUUUUCUAAAAAUAUCCAACCUUUACGUUUAUAUUC